AUGUCGGCGCCGUCGUACUUGAAGAUAUCUGGCACCAAGAUCGUCGAUGGUGAAGGCAAGGAGAUCAUCCUUCGCGGUGCUGGUCUUGGUGGAUGGAUGAACAUGGAGAACUUCAUCUCUGGAUACCCCGGCUGCGAGUUCCAGAUUCGCGAGACGCUCGCCGACACGAUCGGCGCUGAGAAGUCCGAGCUCUUCUUCGACAAGUUCCUCGAGUACUUCUUCCAGGAGGAAGACGCCAAAUACUUCAAAAGCCUCGGCCUGAACUGCAUCCGCAUCGCGUUCAACUACCGCCACUUCGAAGAUGACAUGAACCCGCGCGUCCUCAAAACCUCCGGCUUCAAACACCUCGACCGCGUAAUCGACCUCUGCGCCAAGCACGGCAUCUACACAAUCCUCGACCUGCACACCGCGCCCGGAGGGCAAAACACGGACUGGCACGCCGACGCCGGCACGCACAUCGCCAACUUCUGGCUGCACAAGGACUUCCAAGACCGCGCGGUGUGGCUCUGGGAGGAGCUCGCGAAGCACUACAAAGACAACACCUGGAUCGCGGGGUACAACCCUUUGAACGAGCCCACCGACGCGCGCCACACCCGGCUCGUCAGCUUCUACGACCGUCUGCACAAAGCGAUCCGCGCCAUCGACCCGCACCACGCCAUCUUCCUCGACGGCAAUACCUUCGCGUCCGAUUUCUCUCACUUCGGCGAGGCGUACAAGGCGUGGGACAACACCGCCUACUCGAUCCACGAUUACAGUUUGUUCGGCUUCCCGGCGAGCCCGGAGCCGUACAAGAGCAGCGAUGUGCAGCGGCAUCGGUUGAGGCGGAGUUACGAGAAGAAGCGGGAGUGGAUGGACAAGAAUGGGCUCUGUGUGUGGAAUGGGGAGUGGGGGCCUGUGUAUGCGCGGACGGAGUAUGAGGGGGAUAAGACGGAUGCGAUCAAUGAGGAGCGGUUGACUGUGCUUAAGGAUCAGCUCGCCAUCUACAACAAGGACCGCCUGAGCUGGUCGAUCUGGCUCUACAAGGACAUCGGCUUCCAAGGCAUGGUCCACGUCUCGCGCCAAACGCCCUACAUGACCCUCUUCAAAUCCUUCCUCGCCAAAAAGCACAAACUAGCCGUCGACGCCUGGGGCGCGGACUCCUCCGCCAUCGACCACGUCUACCAGCCGCUCAUCAAGCUGAUCGAGCAGGAGAUCCCAGAGAAGAACCAGACGCUGUACCCGUGGCCCGUGUGGAAGCUCGACUCGCGCGUGGGGCGGCUCGCGAGGAAUAUUCUGGUGAGCGAGUUCUUGGUGCAGGAGUGGGCGGACCAUUUCAAGGGGAAGAGCGAGGAGGAGAUCGUGGAGAUUGCGAAGAGCUUUGCGUUUGAGAAUUGUUUGCAUCGGGAUUCGCUGAACAAGAUUCUUACGGAUAACGCGACGCUCGUGUCGAACGGCGCGUAG